AUGCUCCCCACUUCCGGCGGUGCCAAUCAGCGCUCAGCUCCCAAGUACAUCAACGAUCCUCCAUGGUUGAUUUUAAACCACAGAUUUGUACAACGUCUUGGUCUCGACGCGAGGGCCAAAGGUGACCCCGCGCUCCCGCGUCGUGUCCUCAAUGUAACAAGCUUCGUCAUGAGCCCAGAGCUGGGGUUAUAA